AAACAUUCUAGUUCAGCACAGUACAGAGCUUUCUCUCUCUUAAAAAAAAAAAAAAAACAACCAAAGCUAUAUAUAUAUUAUUAAUAAUUAUAUAAAUUAUGUUUAUUUAUUGUUAUAAUAUUUUCCGCUCUCAGUGUGCAUUAGUAUUUUAUUAAACUCAGCAAAACCUGCUGAUUUUCAUUUCUGCUAAAAUUGGCGAUAUAUUCCGAUGAAAGAUUGGAAGAUUUUUUCUCCGAUAAAGGAUUGUUUUUAGUUUUCUUGGACAUUUUUUUAAUUGGAAAAAUCAGUUUCUUGGAUUAUCGACAUUGAUUGUGGAGCUAGGGUUUGAAUUCGAUUGAUUUUCCCUAAGUUUUUGUAAGCUCCGGUAAAGAUUUUUCGGAGAUACUAACGGCGACAGAGGUGGUGGUGGUUGUCGGUGAGUGGGUGGAAAUGGGAGGUGAGGUAUUUAAGACGGAGGAAGAAGAGGUGGUGAGGGAUGAGGAGGAGGAGGAAGAGAGGCUGAGAGAGGAGGAUGAAAUGGUGGCGGUACAGAGGAAGUAUUCGGCGGUCGGAAGUUUCCCACAGACGAUGAAAGUGGUGGUUGUGGGGUACGCUUUGACGUCCAAGAAAGUUAAGAGCUUUCUACAGCCCAAAUUGGAAGGUCUAGCUAGGAACAAGGGUAUUCAGUUUGUUGCUAUUGACCAAACUAGACCCCUCUCUGAACAGGGUCCUUUUGACAUUGUGUUGCAUAAGUUAUCUGGAAAGGAGUGGCGACAUAUUCUUGAGGAUUAUUGGCAAACACAUCCAGAAGUCACAGUCCUUGAUCCUCCAGAUGCUAUUCAGCAUGUGUACAAUCGGCAAUACAUGCUUCAAGAUGUGGCUGACCUGAACUUGUCAGAUGCAUAUGGCAAAGUUGGUGUUCCAAAGCAACUAGUCAUCAAGAAAGAUCCAUCCUCAAUGCCAGAUGCUGUUGCUGCAGCUGGAUUAAGACUGCCGUUAGUUGCGAAGCCCCUUGUUGCUAAGUCACAUGAGCUGUCCCUGGCCUACGACCAAUACUCUCUUAGGAAGCUUGAACCUCCACUUGUUCUGCAGGAAUUUAUUAAUCAUGGUGGUGUUCUCUUCAAGGUUUAUGUUGUUGGUGAAGCGAUUAAGGUUGUCAGGCGUUUUUCUUUGCCUGAUGUUAGCAAAUAUGAGUUGUCUAAAACUGCUGGGGUCUUCCGGUUUCCGAGGGUUUCUUGUGCUGCUGCAUCUGCUGAUGAAGCAGAUCUGGAUCCAACUGUUGCAGGUAGACAUCAUCCUCCCAGAUUGUUGAGUAGUUAUAUGUUUGAUUUUGUGGUGUAAUCCUGUUGUGUUUACAAUUGUCGACUCCUUUCCAUGCAUGAGCUUUUGUAGCCUUUGGCUAUUUCAGUGAUUAUGAUAAUUUAUUUUGAUAUAUUGAUCAAUUGAUGGUCUUAAAUGUAUUUCUAUGUAUUUUGAUGACAAACAACUACACCAUUACAAUGAUGGAUUAUACUCAUAACUGCCGUAAAAUCUUAAAGUCAUUUUGCUUAUUUUAGUGUCAGUAGUAUUUAGAUGCUUAAACGUGGUAGCAGAGGUAAAAAAUAAAAGGUCUAGACCUAGCUAUUUUUUAAGUUAUAUUACCUGUUGCUUUUUUUUU